GUUAUACAAAUGAUUAAUUAUGGUUAUUCAUUAAGAGUAGCAGCCUUUAAUGAUGGUGUGAAAAUUAAUGUAUUAGCAAGAAAGAUGGCAGGAAGGUUUACUCCUCUUAAUCCAUUUAAUAAUAGCACUGGAAUUACGGUUGCUACUUCAGCAUUAUUUAUA